AUGGGAGACCGGAACCUAAGUCUUCAAAAUCAAACUUCACACAUUUUUAAUGGAAGUAUCCCCGUCAAAAAUGUAACCGACUUUGAAGAUGACAUGAUUUUCGUCAACACUGAUUACCUUAAUGAAGUCAUCAGGCCAAUCAUUUCGUCCCUGGGAAUUGUAGGAAACAUUGUGUCGUUUGUGGUAUUUGUCCAGCUGUCCAAGUCGUCCUCAUUUUAUCUGUAUCUUGCGUUCCUCGCACUAUCCGACAUGGCUUCGCUGGUUUUCGGCGGUAUCUUCAACUGGUUCGCAGGAUUUUUCCAACUUUCCAGAUCGGACAACCAAUCGUAUUGCUCUGUUGACUUCAGUUGCACACUGAUAUUCAUGCAGUUAUCCUCUUGGAUCACCGUAGCGGUCACUAUUGAUCGCUACAUAGCUGUCUGCUACCCUUUCCAUGUGAACCAGUACUGUACAAGAAAGCGUGCACUUAUUUAUAUCGGCGUGACCUUUCUGAUUAUUGCUGCUCUCAAUUUGCCGAUGACUUGUACUCUUUUGAAUCAUUCUAUGAACUUUUUACUGUAUGGCUUUACGGGACAACGAUUUAGAGAAAAGUUAGCAUCGAUU